UAAUGAAUUUAUUGUUAGUUUAAUAAAAAUUUAUUAUAUAAUUAGAUGGACCAUCAUAUUUCUUUAAAAAUUCUAAGAAUCAUCAUAGUGAUGACACAUGACUACAAAAAGAAGUUGUAAUGCUUCUCAAAUAAUAUAUAAGAGAUUAUUAACAAGAAAUUUUAAUACUUGUGGCAAGUAUUCCUUCUUUUUUUUACCAAUUUCCAUCUUUAGAGAUCAUUUUUGUAACAUCCUUGUGAGCUUGACGAAUACAAAAAGGCCCCCAAGAACAUUUCAUUCAAUAGAUACGGACACUCUAGUUAAGUAGUAAAAAGCAAAUUACGACAAAUGGGCCUUUUAGAAUCAGACGGAGAGGGCGAGAUUGUAGAACAGAUCUAGCCCUAAACCCCACAAAGGCGACCGUUUGAACAAAUAGCUUCCAAUCGUAAGCGUCUCAAAUUUUCUCGAUGGACCCUAUCGGAAUCUCACGCACGCUCAAAGAUCUCGGCAGUAAAAAGUCUGUGACAUCCGUAUGUGUCAUGUUGGACACUGAUGAUAUCCCAAUCCCUGAACCGAAUGAGAUCCAAGAGAAAGUUAGAAUCCAUUUAAGGCAGGAAGGUUAUCAUGGGAUGGUGUCAACCAAGGCUUUCUAUAGUGAUAAGAAUCAGUUCUCUGAUAAACAGGCUGAAGAAUAUUGCAACUAUGGAAUGAAGCCCAUUUUACUUAGAGGGGAUAGAGGUUCCAGAAUCCGCAUGAUGCUAGUAGACAUGGUUUUCUGGGUGGAGGCCCGUAGUAACGAACCAGUCUAUGUCCUGGUAAUCUCUAAAGACGAAAACUUAGAAAAAGACGCCAUGUUCUCCACUGUUCGUCAACUUUUGGGAGAACACAGAGAUUUCCAUCUUACCGUUGCACAGCCUGAUACCAUCCUAGGCUUUCCAUCUUAGCUGUUCAGAGUUCUCUCAACUUCGGUGUUUUGCUUUUAUGAGCCCUCUGUAGUAAUAUGUUUUUUUUUUUUUUGGUAAAAAUGUUAAAAUAUCAUUACCAAUUUUAAUUUUUGACAGAAUUACAGAGUAAACGAAAAACAGAAAAUAAAAAACAACUACACUAACUAAACAACAACUCAAACUGAACAAGAAGGGGAAGAUACAACCAGCUAAAAACCCACAAGGAACCAUCACAGUCGGUACUAGUCGCUUGCCGCAAAAGGAUGAACCGCAGUGAAAUACGAAAUUCUGAGCCCGGUAGAAAUUGGCGUACCCAAUGAACAGAUUUUUAUGAUAGGUACACCUAAAAACAGCUUGCUAAAGACCUUCUAAUUUGAUUCCAACACGCAAAGACUGCUAGACCAGAGACCAAACACACCCACAAGCCAGCCAAGCUUUAUUUCAAACAACAAACACAGGCUGCAAAGCAAACCUGAAACGACAAAAUCUAUACAAAAGAGGGUCGAGUGACAGCUACCAUGUCCAGUAAUAUUUAGACAACACCGUUCAUUUUAAGAUGCUUUCCCGACUGUUUAAAACAUAAUCCAUAACUAUGUUUUAUAAUAAGCGCCUGCUACAUUUCUUCUUCA